AUGGCCAAUGUACCAUUAACCUGCAAAAUCGCAGAUAUAAACGAAUGCACUGGAAACGGUAGUCUUUGUGAUUUAAAUGCAAAUUGUGUGAACUUUAAUGGUUCAUAUAAUUGUUCCUGCAAAACUGGUUAUCAAGGAAACGGAGUAGACUGCUUUGAUAUAGAUGAAUGCUCUUUCAAGCAGGAUCAAUGUCAUUCGCAAGCUAUUUGCACUAAUACGAAAGGAUCUUAUUCAUGUCUCUGUAAAAUGGGAUAUACUGGUAACGGUUUUGUGUGCGAAGAUAUUAACGAAUGUCGCGAGGGUAGUCAUGCAUGCGAUCGAAAUGCUGUCUGUAUCAAUACCAACGGCUCAUAUUUUUGCUCAUGCAAGGAUGGCUAUACUGGCAAUGGAACUGCAUGCUACGAUAUCGAUGAGUGUUCACUUGGUUUGCACGAUUGUAACAUUUACUCCAUAUGCAUUGAUACUGUUGGCUCCUAUGAAUGUUCCUGCAAACAUGGGUUCGUUGGUAAUGGCAGUUACUGUCAAGAUAUUGAUGAAUGCUUGGAAAAUAAGCAUAACUGCGAUGCAAAUGCAGCAUGCCAUAAUACCAUUGGUUCUUAUACCUGUUCUUGUAAUACAGGAUUUACGGGCAACGGCACAUUCUGCAACGAUAUAAACGAAUGUACGGAAACAAAAAAUGAUUGCUCUAGCAAUGCUGCUUGUAAUAAUACCAUUGGUUCCUAUUUUUGUGCUUGUAAAGUUGGAUUCAUUGGCGAUGGCGUUACAUGCCAAGGUGACGAGAAGAGCUUUCUAACUCGUUGCUAUAUACAACCAUUAGUAAAUCAAGCUAAUUUUACUAAUAUUACUAGGAUUGUUGUCUAUAUUUGUUGCUUAGAUUUGAAUGAAUGUGCAGCUAUGGAACUCUACUGCCAUAAUAAUAGCGUAUGCUAUAAUACCUUUGGUUCGUAUCACUGCACCUGUAAAACUGGAUUUACAGGAAAUGGUAAAGUUUGCGAAGAUUUAAAUGAAUGUUCACAAAACCAGCACAACUGCGGUAUUAAUAGCAUUUGUAAUAACACCAUUGGUUCAUACUCGUGUACUUGCAAACCUGGCUUUAGUGGUGAUGGUAAAAUAUGUUUAGAUGUUAAUGAAUGUCUGAAUAAUCUGAAUAACUGCCACAGUGAUGGAAUCUGCAGUAAUACGAUCGGUUCAUAUAUUUGUACAUGUAAAUCAGGGUUUACAGGCAAUGGAUUUCAAUGUCAAGAUAUCAAUGAGUGUACAGCUAGCAACUUUGUAUGCCAUAGUAAAGCAUUUUGUUCUAAUACGAUUGGUUCUUAUAAGUGUACCUGUAAGACCGGCUUUACUGGUAGCGGAAAAUACUGUACCGAUAUAAAUGAAUGCCGUAUUUCAAAUAAGUGUAGUAAAUUAGCUAACUGCUACAACACAUAUGGUUCGUAUGACUGCGUUUGUAAGUACGGGCUGCAAGGCGAUGGGCAUUGGUGUGGCCAGACAGGCACUCGCUUAUAUCCUUAUGGUACGCAAUUUGGACAUAAUUGGUUUGGUAGAACUGAUCAGGGUUACGCAUACCUUUACAUACCCGAAGGCAUAUACUUCGUGCGAUCAUUGUAUAGACGAUUAUAUAUAUCAAUUGACGGAUAUGUUUCACUGAAGUGGCCUUAUGUGGGAUAUUGGCCAAAGCCCUUUCCCGAACCUCUUCGCCGUUCGAUUAUAGCUCCUUACUAUGCUGACUGUGACGUUCGAUACCAGAGUACCUCAAAAGUUUAUUAUAAACAAUACUAUAGUCAUCAAAACGAUCCGUUAGCACAAGAAAUAAUAAAGAAUGCAACCAAUGAUGUUAAUCGCUUUCAACAUCGAAUGAGAUUUGAUAAUCAAAAAGCAAAGUAUGGACGAUUUCGACAAGUUGUCGCAAAUUUUGAGGCUGCUCAUGUGAUCAUAAUCACUUGGCACAAAAUGACUCCAUACCCUGCUUGGUACUACUGGUACUACCCGUAUUAUCGCCAAUAUAACACCUUCCAACUCGUCUUAGUGUCAAACGGAGAAAAUCUGUUUGCUCUUUAUAAUUACGAAGAAAAUGGCAUAAAUUGGUGGAAAAGAUUUUGGUGGAUAAGGCCACGUGUCGGUUAUUCCUACGGCGUAAAGCCUUAUUUUUAUGAAAUACCGAUAUCGCGGCGAAGGCACCAAAGAGUCAGUAUGAUUGAUCGUUAUCGUGGUAACACUGGUGAACUCGGUAAAUGGGCAUUCCGUCUUGAUGAUCCCAAUAGCCGACAUGUAAAUCAUGCUUAUCAAUGCUAUCGAUGGUAUUAUGGUCAGAGCUAUUCCUAUUGGUACCAAAUAUUUUUACAGCCUUGUCCUUGUAGAAGCUGGCAAGCUAUUUGGGAUCCAAGAUUUAGAUUCGAUUGGAGAACUCAAUGUGCUACAUCUAGGAUCUCAGUUCCUGGUUGGGGAUGGUGGUGGUAUUGGUGGUAUUGGAUCUAUACGGGACGUUGGACUUCGCCAUCUCCGGUACGGCAGCGAUGUUGCUAUUCAACACAAAAAUAUUCUUGGGGAGCCUUAUUGCGCAAUUAUCCUGACGGUAGCUCUUUUAGAUACAAUUCUUGGUAUUUAAGGCGACUUGAUGAGAAAGCAUACGACUCAUGCUGUCGUCAAACUGACCUGUGCCACUUAUAUAUAACAAGACGACCAAUCAAUUCUUGUGCAGGCUACUGGCCUCCCUGGUGGUCUUGGUUCUGGGGUGAUCCGCAUGUUCAAACUCUCGAUGGCAAAAGGUAUACAUUUAAUGGGCUUGGAGAAUAUACGUUGGUAGAUGCUAGCAAUAAAUACUUUGUCCUUCAAGGGCGUACUAUGAGAUCUGUGGUAGCUAAUAGCACUGAAAGAGCCAAAGCAACCGUAUUUUCUGCUUUUGCGGCGACACAAAAUGAUUCCGAUAUUGUUCAAUUGACUCUUAACGACACUUCGGAUACUGUUUCAUUGUUAAUUAAUAGAACUAUUUCUAUUAAUGAUGAUAAUCUUACCAAUGUCACAUUAUCCUAUAAUAACGUCGAUAUAUCAAAAUCGAACGGAUCUUACCUUGUUGUCUUCUCAUCUGGGAUAUCGUUGGAAAUUAGUCACUUAACUAAAAUGCUGACAAUAGCUUUUGCAGCUCCUCAGUCUUUCCGUGAGACCACUAAAGGACUGCUUGGUACAUGGAACGGUAAUGUUUCAGAUGACUUCCUACGACCUGAUGGGACAUAUCUUGAUGUAAAUGCCACCGAAGAAGAUAUAUAUUACAGUUUUGGUGAAGAAUGGAGAAUAACUGAUGAAGAAUCACUAUUUACAUAUCCAACUGGCAUUAGUACAGACAAUUUUACGGAUCCGAAUUAUGUGCCUAAUUUCUCUAAGGAUCCAGAAGUUCUAUUCAAAAAUGAUACUGAAUUAAAAGAAAAAGCUCUAAAAAUUUGUGGUAGUGACAGGACAUGUUUAUAUGAUGUCGCUGAAACUGCCAACUUGCAGUUAGCUGCUCGGAGCAAAGAUAUAGAUCAACAAUACGAAAGGGUACAGAAAGACAUUGAAAAUUUUCCACCGAAUAUAACCGGUCAAAAGAUCUAUAAUGUAACUUAUGGCCAGCAAUUUACUACGAAGUUAAACAUCACUGAUCAAAACGUCAACGACAACUUAACAAUACAAAUCAGUAAUUUACCCUCUGAUGCUUCGUUUAACAGAGACACUUCCAGAUUUACAUGGAAUGUUACUACCUAUAGUAAUAUCUCUUUCGAAUUUAUUGCUACUGAUUCAAAGAACUUAACAACUGUUUUUAAACCGACGAUUGUUAUGUGCUAUUGUGCUAAUGGUGGUACCUGCCAAUACGAGUUUGAGAUUACGACUGUUAAUGGCGAAGAAUAUGCUGGGUGUCGGUGUACUACUGCUUGGACUGGACGUUUUUGUAACGAAGAUUUUGAUGAAUGUGCUGGAAACCCUUGUUACGAAGGCGUCAAUUGCACCGGAAAGAUUGCCCCAGAGAGUGGAUACAGCUGUGGAUCAUGUCCUAACGGCCUGGAAGGAGAUGGCGAGAAAUGCUAUGAUGUUGAUGAAUGCCUUAUGGGAGUACACAGUUGUAAUCAAACCUGCAUUAAUUCGAUUGGUAGCUAUACAUGUCAGUGCAAUAUCGGCUUCAAAAUAGCUACAAAUCAACGUGACUGCGAGGAUAUUGAUGAAUGCGUACAAUCUGAACCUUGCCAUCAAAUUUGUAACAACGAAUAUGGACAUUAUCGCUGUGCUUGCAAUCCUGGAUUUGAAUUAGAUGAUAAUAAUUCAACCUGCUUACCCCUGAUUUCAUGCGACCCGGGUUUAAGCAACUGCACUCAAAUUUGUGCGGUGAUCAAUGAUUCAGCAAUCUGUAGCUGCAAUAAAGGAUAUCAUCUAGCUGAGGAUAAUACUACAUGUGAUGACCACAACGAAUGUGCUAAUCCUUCGAUAUGUGCCCACUUGUGUACUAAUACUAUUGGAAGUUACUUAUGUAGCUGUAAAAAUGGCUACCAGCUUAGCAGUGAUGGUAGAAAUUGUCAAGAUAUAGAUGAAUGUGAGACGGAGAAUUCAACUUUAUGUCACGAAAAUUCUCUUUGCACGAACCUACCUGGAUCAUACUUUUGUGAAUGUGAUGAAGGCUUUAAGCUAUCAGGAAAACUUUGCGAAGAUAUCGAUGAAUGCUCUACUUCAAAUUUAAAUGAAUGUGACCGUAAUGCUAAUUGUAUUAACAUGGAAGGAACCUACAACUGUAUCUGUAAAGAAGGAUUUAAUGGAAAUGGAAUUGAGUGUAUGGAUAUAAACGAAUGUGGAAAUGCAAAUAAUUGUUCGAAGGAUGCUGUAUGUUCUAAUCUUCCUGGGAGCUACAACUGUAGUUGUAAGGCAGGAUUUACUGGCAAUGGAUUAGUUUGUCAAGAUGUCGAUGAAUGCCAAAAUGCAUUUAGUUGCAAUACAGAAAGCAUUUGCCAUAAUACAAUUGGAGGGUAUUAUUGUUCAUGUAAAAAAGGAUUUUAUUUAUAUCGAAAUGUAACGACGGGCAUAAGUCAGUGCCAAGGAUUGAUUAGACUGAACGGCACUUACACAGUUGCGUUGGAUAACCCAGAAAGCCAAGCUUAUGUCUUACUCAAAACGGAAGUCGUAACUAAAUUGACGGUCGUCUUCUCCAAUGAUAGCAGAACACAAGAUCGCGUUCAGCAGAUCUCAAUAUUAAGUAUUAGACCUGGGAGUAUUUUAGUCAAUUUUACUUUGACGUUACUCCAAAAUGCUACUUCAGUUACUACGGAUAUUAUUAGAGAAAUAGCUGAAAAUGGUAUUACGAGAAUCGGUGACUACCCUGUGACGUCUUUUCACAUUAAAGAUUACAAUGACUGUGUUGACCCUCAAGCUAAUACUUGUUCCAGCUUGCAAUCAUGUACUAAUACGAUGGGAACAUUUAGCUGCCAGUGCAUUUCUGGUUAUAGUUGGAAUUCAGAGAGUAACCAAUGCGAAGAUAUAAACGAAUGUUUACUCAAUGCAACAUGCGCAUCUAACGCUAUUUGCGUUAACAUUUUCGGAGGAUUUAAAUGCCAAUGUGAGAAAGGUUACACUGGUAAUGGUUUGCGUAACUGCUCCUCCUUAUGUCCGUUGCAUUUCUGUCAAAAUGAUGGACAAUGUCUUUACUUGAACGACAGUUUUAUCUGCAAUUGUACAAGUGAAUUUUAUGGUCCAAGCUGUGAAAAUGCUGUAUCAACAGUUAAUACAGUCGCAGUGAUCGGAAUUGCUCUCGGGUCAGUGGUAGCGGCUCUAGUUAUAAUUCUAUUGGCCAUUUAUUUGUGGAAGAAAUUUUAUUCAACAUACAAAGUUAGUGAUGUAGUAAACCUAAGUAGCAGCGAUGCUGACGACAGAAAUGAUGCCGACAAUCAAGAUAAUAGUGAUCAUGGCUCGAGUCGUUCUAGCUCCCGUAGCACUGCUCAACAAGCACGUCCAAAUCGGCGAAGUUGCUUUUGGCUUUCCAAAACAUCUGAUUACGAUAGUUACACAAGUUUUGAUGCCAACACUACAGAGAAUCAAUAG